UCACGUUGAUGGCGUCAUUCUGUGGCGCCAAAACAGUCUCCUCUCGGCCUCUUUAGAGUGCCUCCAUUGUAGACAUACACACUUAUCUAGGACAAAAACUAAAUUAACUGUGUGGGGUUUAAUGUGUCACCCAUACCUGCAGUUUUUUUAGCGCGUCUAGUGGUUUCUAGCCCCUUUGUUGGUCUCGCCAUGAACGACGACGAUGAAUUGAUGACAAGUUUUCAUACAGGUCAACUCCAUGCUAAUGCGGCGUCUGUUCCUGACGGACUUUGCUGGGUGUCAAUUCUCUCCUGUCUACUACUAGCGUGCUCCUAUGUUGGAAGUUUAUACGUUUGGAAAAGCGAUUUACCAAGGGAUCAUCCUGCAGUGAUAAAGAGGCGCUUCACCAGUGUACUGAUUGUAUCUGCUCUGUCUCCAGUGUUUGUGUGGGCAUGGAAAGAAUUCACAGCCAUCCAGACUGGUCCCUCAUUACUGGCCCUUAUGGGGAUCCGGUUGGAGGGUCUUAUUCCUGCUAUCAUUCUUCCACUGCUAUUGACAAUGGUGCUGUUUCUGGGUCCUCUGAUCCAUCUAGCCAUGGAUUGCCCCUGGGGUUUCAUUGAUGGGAUAAAAGUUGUAGUUGACCCUUGCUUCUGGUCGCUGUGUCUGAGUGACAUGCGCUGGCUGAGGAACCAGGUUGUGGCGCCAUUGACAGAGGAGUUGGUUUUUCGGGCAUGCAUGCUUCCCAUGCUAGUACCCUGUGCAGGCCCCUCCACCGCAAUCUUCACGUGUCCACUCUUCUUUGGUGUUGCUCAUUUUCACCAUGUAAUUGAGCUCCUGCGGUUCAGACAGGGCACUGUCUCAGGGAUUUUCCUCUCUGCAGUGUUCCAGUUCUCCUACACUGCAGUAUUUGGAGCUUAUACAGCCUUUAUAUUCAUCAGGACAGGUCAUUUGGUGGGUCCUGUGCUGUGCCACUCCUUCUGCAAUUACAUGGGUUUUCCAGCUGUCAGCACGGCCCUGGACCACCCACACCGCCUCACGAUUCUCUCCUUCUACAUUCUGGGGGUCGUUCUCUUCUUCCUCCUCAUCUUCUCCAUGACUGACCCGCUCUUCUACGGUUUUCCCACACCUGUCUGCACCCUGACCUCCACGCCUGGAUCCAUCUGCUCCUGAUCCAUCCAUACCUCCAUUCCACGUUUCAUCCAUUCCUUCUCUCCAGCCAUUUGAAAAGGAAUGGCUGUUUUGCUGCUGGAUUCACCAGGAGAGCAAGGGACUGCUGGAGAACAGGUAUGAAAAUUCACAGCCUCUGUGAGGUGGUGCGUGGAAGAACUCUGUGGAUGCAAAACAUCCUCAGGUUGCACUGGCCAUUCUUUUCACCAUUCAGCCGAUGUUGCAUUAUCAAGUGACUUCAGCUACAGGCCUACGUUUGAUGAAGAUAAGUUAAUUAUAUGUGUCUGCAUGUUUAUAUGACAAUAUUUCAGUGUGUUUAUCAUGAGACUGGUGCUGGGGAUAAAGAUCAGACACUAUUACGGGUUUCCUAGGAGGAUUUGUAUGCUGAAAUGUGCAUUGCUAAAAUGCUAGAUUCCCUAUUUUUUUUGUUGUGAUAUUAGAAUCUUGUUCACAUACACCAUACCUUGUUUGGUCUGGUGCCCUUACUUGAAGACGACAUUCAUUUUUACAGACUUAUGUUGUUUUACUCUUGAUUUUUAUUGUCUAAAUAUCACGUCACUCAAGUCAGUAGGCUUAAAUUUAAAUAAAUGUCUUUAGGUACGCUUUUGGAGCAAUAGACCUAGACCUAUAACAAAAUGUAGUGAGUAUCAGAAGUUGAAUUGCCCUGGCCUGACCACACAGCUUUAUGUGUAGGUCUAAAUAGAAUUGUGGCCUCAUGCACAUUUCAAAUAUGAGGUCUUUUUAAAGCAUUGAUCAGUCCUGCCCUGGCCGUUUGCUUAUUAGAAAAAAAGAGGAAAUACCAAUUACUGUUUAUAUUGUUUAGUUGAUACUCAUUAAUAGAUUUUGACCAAAUGGUAUUUCAUUUGUAUUUAAUGCAGCGCUAAAGACAUUCUUUAUUUACAUCAGCAUAGGAGUCUUGUGAAUGUAGUAUGGUAGGAUGUUGAGUUCAAUUCUAGACUUCUGCUUUAGUUAUGGUGCAAAUUCCAACACUUUCUUUUUAUGACUACAGUCUUGUAGUCAUAAACCACCUGCAACAACAUUGAAACUACCUACAUCGGAAUUACACUCCGAGUUCUUCGACCGAUAUGUUUUACGUUCUAAAUCUAUAUGCUAAGCUUUUUAUAAACCUUUUAUAUAUUAAAAAUGACAUAGUACUGGCCUCAUGAAUUUUUAUGCGGGUUCCUACACCAUGGAGUGUUAGUGAAAACUCAUACCACUGAUCUGCAUGCUGCUACACUGAUGACAUAUGGAUGUUCGAAUGAUGAUUGAUAUAGAAACACACCAAAUACAACUCUUAACAGCUUCUAGGAAUAAUUUACCCCCGCAAAUGAAAUCCCUGCCAUAGGGGUGGGCGA